AUCUUCCCAGUUUUCAAUCUGCCGAUUUUGAUGGAAGAUAUCAUUCAUCUAGGUUGGGUUGGAUUAAAAAAUCCAACAUCAGUUCCGAUCCUUACGAAAGAAUCAGGGAGAUUUGACAAUAAAUCUACGUUCCUGCACAGCACAUGAAUAUCUCGGUCCUCGGCUUAGGUGGCUAUUCUCCUCUAAUCUCAUUCUUGAGUCGCGACACUUUUUCAAUAUAACCCGCGGAUUUCUCCUGCUGCAUUGGGGCCAUUCAAAACCCAAAUUUCAAUAUCAUAGAAUAGCUGCAUCUGUUUCCGUCGACAUUUUCACCACACAUAAUCUUCUUCCAGUGGAAAUUCGGCAUCCUCUGGCUAUAUUGAGUCCUUUAAUAUCGAAAUUUGACACUCGAGUACCUCCUUCCAAUCCCGGAACUCUAGUUGUUUUGUUUUACACACCAAAUACCGAAGUUACACGCUCCGACCUUUGAACUGUCCCAUUAUAGGGCAAAAUGGAGGCCUUUGAAGAGCUUCCUACCUCGCCAACACCGACAUCAUCUUCAAGAGCAGCAAUUCCCGCACCUUCUGGUCUUACAGAGCAUUAUGACAGGCUCGCAUUUUCCUACGACGACGCGACAACGUUCCAUAAAUCGCUCGCGGAGGAAUACGUAAAAUAUGUGAAGCCGGUUGCUGGCGAGAGUUUGUUAGAUUUAGCUUGUGGAACGGGAUUAGUAGCGUUUGCAUGUAAGUUUUCUUAUGUUGUCUAUGGUUAUUGUUCUCCUGUUAGUACAAUUCAAAGUGGUCAGUCCGUUUUUCUGUGUUGAGGGUGUAGCUUUAGAAAAAACUGCAGAAUAAUACAAAGAAGAGACGGACAAAGACCCAGGUGGUAUUUCACUCUCCAUUAAAUGAUGAGCCUCUGAUUUUCAGUCCAUAAAAAAUAUCUCAUUUGGAAUACUACACGAAUACACUUCGUUGUCCUGUACUAGGCAGCUUGUCCGAGUCAUACAUAUAUCCUGUCCCUCAUCCUGUCUCGUUUUGCAGUCCUGAAAACAUCAAGCUCCCUCAUCACACAUCUGUCCCCAACGUCGUGUGCUGAUCUCAACUAGUGAAUUCUCACGCGCGUCUUUCCUACAUUCAUGGAAUCGACAUUUCCAGCAGAAUGCUCGACAUUGCAUGUUCCAAAAUAUCGUCAGUCUCAAACCAUAUUGAUAGGAAAGGUAUUAUCCUCCAGCCAGUGGAUUUUCCCCAGACAGAUGUGCUUUUCGAACAUCACGAUAUAACUUCUCUCUCUGCUCUCCCAUCUCUUUCCGAAAAGGAGGGAACAUUCGAUGUAAUAACAAUCUGUUCCGCAUUCGUACUCUUACCCACUCCCCUUGAAUCUUUACGCUCGUGGAUUCCUUAUCUAAAACCUGCCUCACCUACUGCUGCCUUGAUUCCCGGUGGAAGAUUAGUACUCGAUAUACCCCAUCCCUGUAGCAUGAUCGGCUUAUUAAUUUUCUCCAAGUUAGCCCCCAAGUUUGGAAUCUCCGUUCUUGGACCGCGGAAUUGGAUAGGAAGCUCGGAAGGUUCGGCAAUGAAAAAUUUGAAGAAUUUGAUGCACACCGCAGGAUUAACAAAAGUAGAAACUUUCAAGUCAAGAAUAUUUCAUGAUAUACCCGCCGCAACACCGUUAGGUGAAGGAAUUGGAAGAGUUAUUCGUGAAGGGACGGAGGCUGAGCGCCGUGAAUGGCCUGCUACACGUGAAGCUGGGAGCAAGAUCUACGAUCUUAUGACGAAAAGGCCUGGACUGCAUCAGUGGAGGGAAGGUACUGAAAAUGAAAAUAAUUAUAAAAAGGAGAGUUGGAUAUGGGAAUGGAUUCAAUUGGGGGUUAGCGAUGAGGACGGAGAGAUAUGGGUCAGAGAGGAGGGCGCAUUAAUAAUUGGUAUUGGAUGGAGAGAUUGAGUGUGGUGAUGUGGAAUAUGUUACUACACCACAGUAAUAUCUUUGAUGCUCGAGUUCAGACUUAAUAGUGAGAAGAAAAGAUUGAUUGAACAGAAGUGGCGGUCUCUUCCUCAGUAUUGGGUUCAAGGAG